UAGAGACACAUGGAGUAGGAUAACACUCAGUUGAGUCUCUGAGAGUACAUUUAUAUUGACACUGGACUGCAUUGCAACUCUGAUUAUUUUGGACUAACUUUUCCUACACUGGAUUUACUGUCUUGGUUGGAAUAUUGACUUUUUUUUUUAAUCAUGUGGUUGUCCCUGGAGAACUUCAGUCCCAGUUUUACUCAAGUAAAAUGGAGGAUAGUUUUGAUUGUGACUGUGGCGAACUAGAGCCACCUGAUCACUGAGGGUGGAUCUUUUUUUUUCCCCUGUAAAGAUUAGGUCAGGCCCAUUUCCAUUUGACAGAUCAGGUGAAUCAAUAGGAUAGGAAAACAAAUUCAGAUAUAUAUAGAUAUAUAUAUUAAAGAAACAAAAACAAACAAAAAAAUCAUAUGAAGCUGCUCAGGACCAGUCAUACACUGAAUGUAUCUGCACUGUGAAGAUGCAACUACAGACUUUUAUAGUUUAAUAUAGCUUUCCCCUUUUUCUUUUCUUUUGUUUUAUUUUUUACUUUUUAAAUUGGCCUCAUAAUUCAUUCCAUUGCCGUCUAUAAACACUGGUCGAAUGAAAGUUUUUCAGUUUAGUAAACCAAAAUGCACACAAUUGGAGAAGAAACUUUUAUUUUAAGGGUUUUGGCAAUUAUUCAACAUGGAAGGAAAGUGUGAGUACAUACCAGUGUCCCAUAUCUGACAGUGACGGCUAUCCAGGGGGAAUUGGUAGUUGUCUUUGUAGGGGAGGAUAAUUGGCCUCUGAAUCAGAAGGGAGGUUAUUGGAUAAGUUCCUCUGUUGGUGCUAAAGUUUGGCCUGUAACGAGCCAGAAAAAAAAAGAGUGAGACGUAGUAGAAGCUUGGUGUGAAAGCCUAAGAAAAGUCAUCAUGGCAGAGAAGUUUGAGUCAUUGAUGAACAUCCAUGGCUUUGACCUGGGUUCUCGCUACAUGGACCUGAAGCCUUUGGGCUACGGGGGCAACGGCAUGGUGUUCUCUGCAGUUGACACCGACUGUGACAAGCGUGUAGCUGUGAAGAAAAUUAUCUUGACCGAUCCUCAGAGUGUGAAGCAUGCGCUGCGGGAAAUCAAGAUUAUCAGGCGACUUGAUCACGACAACAUUGUCAAGGUGUUUGAGGUACUGGGCCCCAGUGGUCGCAUGUUGACGGAGGACGUAGUGUCGCUGACAGAAGUCAACUCGGUCUACAUAGUGCAAGAGUACAUGGAAACUGACCUGAGUCAGCUGCUGGAGAGGGGCCCGCUUUCUGAGGGCCACGCCAGGCUCUUCAUGUACCAGCUUCUCAGGGGCCUCAAGUACAUCCACUCUGCCAAUGUCCUGCACCGUGACCUCAAGCCUGCCAACCUGUUUGUUAACACAGAGGAUCUGAUACUGAAGAUCGGGGACUUCGGAUUGGCCCGCAUCAUGGAUCCCCACUACUCUCACAAGGGCCAUCUCUCUGAAGGUCUUGUCACAAAGUGGUACAGAUCUCCUCGCCUGCUGCUCUCUCCUAACAACUACACCAAAGCCAUCGACAUGUGGGCUGCUGGCUGCAUGUUUGCAGAGAUGCUCACAGGGAGAACCCUGUUUGCAGGAGCUCAUGAGCUGGAGCAGAUGCAGUUGAUCCUGGAGUCCAUCCCUGUCCUGCGAGAGGAAGACCGACAAGAGCUUCACAGUGUCAUCCCGGUCUUCAUCCGCAGCGACAUGUCAAAACCUCACACGCCGCUGGCCAAGCUGCUGCCUGACGUCAGUCCACAGGCCCUGGAUUUUUUGGAAAAGAUCCUGACCUUUAACCCAAUGGAUCGCCUGACUGCAGAGGAAGCCCUGGCCCACCCCUAUAUGGCCGACUACUCUUUCCCCCUGGAUGAGCCCAUCUCUCUGCAUCCUUUCCACAUUGAAGAUGAAGUGGAUGAUAUUCUGCUCAUGGACCAGAGCCACAGCCAUACUUGGGACAGGUAUCACGAGAGCCAGUUCUCAGAGGCUGACUGGCAAUUGCACAGCACCCAUGACCCAGAUGAGGUUCAGGUCGACCCGAGGGCGCUCUCUGAUGUCACAGAUGACGGGGAGGUCCAGGUUGAUCCACGUAAAUAUGCCGACGUAGACCGGGAAAAGUUUGUGGAUAAGUCUUUCGACUACUCCAGUCCGUUCUCAUCGGAGCGGUCCUGGCAGGACGAACACCACGAGAACAAAUACUGUGACCUGCAGUGCAGCCACACGUGCAACUACAAGGCUGUGUCCCCCUCCUACCUGGACAACCUCAUCUGGAGGGAUAGUGAAGUCAACCACUACCAUGAGCCCAAGCUCAUCAUCGACCUCUCCAACUGGAAGGAGCAGCAGAGCAAGGAGAAGGCAGACCGCAAGGCCAAGAGCAAGUGUGAGAAGAACGGUCUCGUGAAGGCCCAGAUUGCCCUGCAGGCAGCGGAGAAGGACAAUGUCCAGGAGAAACAUCAGACCGAGAAGCCCCAGAGCCAACAGAACCAGGGCUUUGAUUUUGAUUCCUUCAUCGCUAGCACCAUUAAACUGAGCCUACAGCCGGAGCCCUGUCAGGAGGUGACCCUGCUCAGCGAGGUGGGCCUCCUGAACGAGCUCAACUUUUCCGUCUCCCAGCUGGAAGCCCCCCGUUCCACCUCCAUGUCCAAGACCAUCAGCCAGGAGAAAGAGGAGAAGUGUCUGGUGAACCUGGCACAGUUGGGUGGGGGAGGGCUCGGCGUCGUCCCUCCAAGCCCCUGGGACGGCUUCGGGCCCGCAGAGAUUGUUGGGGACAGUGGCUGUUUGAUAGAUGAAGCAUGCUGGGGCCCUGACCAAAAGGACCACUCACAGAAGGACGUCACAUACACCAGCUACCUGGACCACUUGUUCAGCCGGAAGGAAGAGAGCAUCGUGGAAACCAUCACCAGUUCGGAGGUGGAGCCCUCGGUGGUGAACGAGUUGGACGACAGCUUCCUGGACAGGAACACGGAGAUCGUGCUGAACGUGCAGCUGGAAUCUCUGGCCCUGCCUGGCUUCGACGGCUGUGAUGACUUGCCUCUAAAAUCCAUCCAGGCAUCCCUCACGCCGUGUGCCGUCAAAUGCUCCCCACAGAUCGCCCACAAAGCCUACAGCAGCAUCCUAAAGCAUCUGAAUUGAUAACGUGUACAUAUCCCUCCUACAGUGCAAAAUGUAAGCAGUUUCUUAUUUUUUUUUGUUUCUUUUAAAUCGGCAUAUUGUACUUGAAUAAUUUCUUUUUAAGUUUACAGGGGUGAUUUGUUCUAUUUAAAGACUACAACCAUCACUUCGAGCCUUGAUCACCAGGCCUUCAGUGGUUCAUGUCAAUGCCCUCACUGCUAAACUCCUAUCAUUCGCUUGUUAUCAGUACUGUACAGAAGUGGAGGAUGGAGAAAUGACCAUUACAGGAUUUAGAAGAUGAAGUUUGGCUGGUUAGGGUGUGACAUGACUGACAUUGCUAUGGGCUUUUAAAGUGCUUUAAAACAGCCUUUCCAGGGAUGGGAUAUAGUCCCCCCCCCCUUUUUUUUUUGUUUUUUUUUGUUUUCUAUUUUGUUGAAAUUAAAUUGACCCUCUCCUCCCCCCGUAAAAGCUUCCUUAACAUCUUUUUCAUACUGUAAAUCUGACACAUGAUGCCAGCAGCAACCAUUAUCAUAGGCGUUAAUGUAAACGUGUUAUCUACCUCAAGGUAACAGCCGGAAGAGACACUCGAAGCCGCACUAGUGCUUUACACAGGUGACCAUCCUCAUGCCGUCAGAUGAAGUGGUCGCUUAGAUGAAACCUGUCUCACUCUUAGCAUUUAAAGAUAGUGAGGUGUUUCGGUAAUCAUUAUUUAUUUCUAGCAAAUGUGCGCUAUUUAUUUUAUGGAAAUGUGUUAUUUCAAUGUGGUUCUUGACGAUUGAGGAGUUAAACAGACUUCCAUUUUCAUUUCAGCACUAUAAGGGUGUGCAAGUGUUCCUCUGUUUAAGGUAGGAUGCAAAUUAAUGUGGUGUUCUAAAAGAAGUGGAGGCUUUCCAUGUCCAAUAUUCAAAUGGAUACUUUUCCUUUUAUUAUUAUUAUUAUUUUGUUCUUUUCGAAGUAUUAGUGCAUUCUGUCAUCAGUGGUAAAACUCAUGUAUGGUUUAAAAAUAAAAGUGCCCAAAAGUCUUAAUUUUAUUUUAUUUUUUAUGUACAUGUUGGAAAAAUGUGUGCAUGGAGGCAACAGAAAGGUACACCAAGAGUAAACAAUGACUAUAUUGUAUGUCAGUUUUAAUUGUUUUUUUUAUGUACUUUUUUCAGGCAAGCAUGAUGAAUUAGGUUAAAGUGUAGCAUGUAGAACACUUAAGGACUUUUUUUGUAAUCAUUGGUUCUCCUGUUCUACAAAAUAUCUCAAAAUAAAAGUUACUGGCAAAGAG